CCGUACCCGGCGACCCAGCCAUGUGGACCCUCUUACAGGUGCUGAUUGGUGUGUUCCUAUCAGUCCAAGGUGCCUCCAUCAUUCAACCAGACUGGGGUUACUACUUUGACCAGGAUGACCAGGGCCCUGGGACCUACUCAUGGGGUUAUGACAUAGAAGACGCGUCGACUCGCAACGUCCAGUUCCGUAGAGAGAGACGGUUGCCCAAUGGAACUGUGACAGGAAGCUACGGACUGGUGGAACCAGACGGAAACAUCAAGAUAGUCCACUACACAGCUGACACGCAGGGAUACAGGGUUGUAAUAGAAAACAGCCUUCGAGGUGAUGAAAGCCACCCCCUACCUACCCCUCCAGGACCUAAGUGGGGGCUCAACCCCUCCCCUCCCAUCUGGGACCUCCUAUGGAAUCCACCACCAAGAGACCAUCGGCAACACUCCCCAACCUUGACCCAUGCAUUGCAGUCCCUGGAGACCCUAGGCUCUCCACUCCAAGAGGAGAGGACACCUCCGGUCUACCGGGACAGAUCCCCCGACCCCAUGGACACCCAGGAGGCAGAUCAGUCCCCCAGCUAUCCUGUGUACCUCCCUCCACCCAGGCAACAAGUGUAGGUUUAGUCUUUGUAAAUUACUAAUAAAAUAUUAUUUAUGCUGA